CGCAUUGUCAUUGUCCUGAAACGUAACGCCAUAACGUUGCGUCAACAUCAUCGUCGUCGUCGUCAAGGUACUCCUUUUACGCGCCCAGAACCGCUGCUAAGCCGCGAGGUACGCACGUUGGCGGUGGCGCGCUUCUGUUAUCGAUUAUUCGCUAAUUUAUUCAUGCCCGCGAGUAGAUGACGACGACGACGACGCCGUGCUGGCCACCACUGCCGGUCGAUUCGGACCUCGGCGCGUUCGCCACAACACGCGAGCUACCACAUUCCAUGCCGCGGCAUCAUAGUCGGCCGAGGACCGUCCCGACGGUCGAGUCAUGCCGCUCGCAUGAUCGCCACCGAGGACCGCCGUCGAUUCGUCCCGCGCCUUCGCCGCGUCCUCCCCGAUGUCGAACGUCGACGAGGAGUCGGCCGAGAAGCGGCUGAAAAUCGUGCUCGUCGGUGACUCCGGCGCCGGGAAAACCAGCAUCGUCCAGAAGUUUUGCAACAACGAUUUCACCAGGCAGUACGUGCCUACCGCGGGCAUCGACUUCUUCCUCAAGAACAUCAGCGUCGGCUGCUACAAAAAUGUCAAUUUGCAUCUGUGGGACGUCGGCGGGCUUGCCCUGCACGGCAACAUGUUGGACAAGUACAUUUUCGGAGCGCACAUCAUCCUUCUGGUGUACGACGUAACGAACAGCUCGAGUUUCGACAUUUUGGAGGAGUGGCUCAGUAAAAUCAAGAGUUUCAUCGACGCUUACGACGAAAUGCCUCUAAUAGCGGUAGUAGGUAAUAAAUGUGACAUGGAACACCAAAGGACAGUCAAGAGAGACAGGUCGCAUCGAUUCGCCGCGGAAAACGGACUUGCUUAUCACGACAUGUCCGCGAGAACUGGAGAAUCGGUAUCUUUAUGCGUAGCGGGCUUGGCGGCGCAAAUCUUGGGUGUCCGAUUAACAAGAACGGAUCAAGACUUUCACAAGCCCAUCAUUAUCGCUGAAAUUGGGGACUCGGUGGACGUGAAUUCGAUACAAAAAGUCGUAAAAAGGUUUCCCAAUAAGAAGCAGCAUCCGAUUGCAUUUCAUCCCCGCUUCCCCGCCUCGAAAUCCGCAGUAUGCGUACUGCAAUAGUGAUCAUCGGACACUUCUGUUGUUAGAAAGAAAACUUUUCUACGUAAAUUGAACGAAAUAUACACAUUAAUUCUGUCAGAUUCAUCAAAAAUUAUGAAAUUACAGCCGUGAUAAAUAAUAAAUACCGCGUUUCAUACAUGACGUUAGACAAUAUCUCUGCACAUUUGUAUGUUACAUAAGUUUCAUUCAUUUGAGUGCGCACGUAUCCAUCACGGCGAACACGCAAGGUUGAGAAUGUAUUUUUUACGACUGGGUCUUGCGCGUGAAUGUACCGAGUCGCAUCACAUAAAAAAAUUACAUGUGUAGACGAAAAUAAAACAUUUACGUAGCGCGGGGCCAAUGGAUAGACACGUGACCACAGAAUCUACCGUAGAUUGAAAAACAGAUUUAUUAAUCUCAUUAGUUGUGAUAAUAGUUACACGCGCAAUAUAUUAUUUAUAUAACAACAUUAAAAAUACUUUUAUAAUAGUAUGAACUAUGAAAUAAUAACAAAGCGCAUGAUACAAUGCAAAGACGUAUAUGUAUAUUAGUAGCUCACAGAAGAAGUCGAAAUUACUAGGAAGAUUUGUUAAAUAUUGCAUUACAAGCCGUUUCGCCCAUCGAAAAAUUGCAGCAUGAUUGAAGACCCAACAUAAAAAAAAGAUUGUAACAAUAAUAAAAAUUUUUUAUGAAGAAGCUCCGUGUUCUCAAUUUUCAAAACUAUCGAAAGGUCUCUAAGAUACUUCGUACCGUCUUUCUAGGCGGUAUUCAUGGUCAGAUCUUACAAGAUCGUCUUAACAUUAUCUCCAGAUAUUCCGUAACCAAUAAAAUGUUACAUACAACAUAAGAUCUGACUAUGAAUACCGACCUAUGUCGUGCAUAGUAGCAGUUUUCGUUACAGUACCGUAAGAAAAAAGCAACAGAC